AUGAUAAAAUAAACUAUCUUAUUAAUUUUCAACAAAAGUUUUAAAUUGUUGACUAAUCAAUUAAUUAUUCUAAGAUAAAGGUUUAUAAAAAGAGUAUCUAUCGUAAACAUUAUCUUAAGUUCUAUAUCGAAAUUUGAAGAAGAAAACCAAACAGCUUUAAUAAAUUUAACAUAUUCAUAUUAUAAUAGAUUAUUAUUUUUUUUUAAUUUGAUCCGAUCUCGUUCAUUAGCAAUUAUUUAAUAUUUUACAUACAUAUCCAUAAAUAAACAAAUGAGAUGUUUUUAUAUCAGCAAUAAUUAGAUGAAUCGAGAACUAAAAUUUAGCUUUGAAAUGUUAAAAAACCCCUAGAUAAAUUAAAAUUCAUAUUUAAAUAUGAAGAACUGCUCAAAUAAAUAUCAAAUAGCCGUCCAAAACCUACUAAUUGAUGCUAUUCUAUCAUUGUUAUGGAUUACCCAUAAAUAAAAACUUUUUAAGUCUUAGUAAAAAUAGCUGUUUAUAUAUUUUAAAUACUGGUAGAAUUUUAUUACUAUACGGAUAUAUUAAUUUAAUAGAUGA